AUGGAACAUGAAGGAUUUAUGUACAGAAGUAACGGCUGUAAAAAUGGAAUCACAUACUUUAAAUGUAAUAAAGCUUCAUUACAUUUAUGUACGGGAUCAAUGAAAAGAUUAAGAGAUAACAUCAUUGUUAUAAUUCAGCCACAUAGAAAUCAUGUGGGGGAUGCAAACAAUACCAUCCUCAUCAACCGUUUUAGAAAUGUAUUAAAACAAAGAGGAUCAACGGAAAAUAUAUUAUUAAAAACCAUUUAUGAUGAGGAAGCAAGAAGGCAUUUGGUAGCUGCAUCUUUAUACCCCUGGUCUUCUGCAGAGUCUAUUAUGCGUUUGGCCAGAAGAAAAUCAUUGCCCAGAUUACCGAAUAAUUUAAGGGAGCUUGCCACACUGUUUGAUGAUAGGCAACUUGAAAGAUUUGGUUGUUGUGAGGAAAAUUUUUUCAGAUGUUGUGUACAAGACACUGAUGGUAAAACAAACAUCAUAUUUGCUUGUACUCAAUUUAUUAAUACUGUGUUACUGAACGAUGUAAAUGAAAUCCAUGCAGACGCCACCUUCAAAAUAAUCCCAGCUAAUAUGGGUUAUCAAUUAUUGGUUUUGCAUUGCAUGAUUCAAAAUUAUUCCAUACCUGUCAUUUACGUUCUGAUGGAGGGUAAAACGAGAAGAUCGUAUGAAUGUGUCUUUCAGUUUGUAAAAUAUAAUUUACUACCUACAUUAAGACCGAGUAUUAUUAUAACAGAUUAUGAAAGUGCUUUGAGGGAUGUACUAUUAUCAGUUUUUCCUGGAGCCCAAUCUGUUGGAUGCUGGUUCCAUCACAACCAAGCUGUAUGGAGAAAAAUGAAGAAACUGGGUUAUUUAAACCAUAUCAAUGGGAGGCCGUAA